AUUUUAUAUUUUAUUGUAAUUGCCAUUAAGGUCAAUGGGUGAAAAGUAGGUGAAAAACAUAGUUGGGAUAUCAGGGUGUCUACAACAGAGGACAUUUCUUGAUAAGCUCUUAUGUCAAGGUCACACCCCAACACGUGAUAUUAUUGAAAACGCCAGAGUGUCCUCUCAAAGGGACAACAGGACAGUGGCUCAUAUGGCCUCAGAGAUAUGGAACAAAGACGGAUGUUCACUAGGGAUGACAAAAAUGAAUUGCUGUGUCUCUAAAAUAAUUUAGCAAAUAUUUGUCCUAAUUAUUCAUUUACAAAGUAUACCGGACGUGACUUUUAUUCUGAAGGAAUAAAAAAAAAAAAUCCGUGACCCGGAAGUACUUAUUUAUUCUAGCCCACUUCACAGCGGUCUGAAUAACAAUAACAACCAUUCGAAGGAAACGACAGAGAAAGACAGCUGGGGCCAUGGAGUCCUCUGAAGAGGCGCUGCGCACCUUCGUCCAAGUGGUCAGUGAGAAGUACAACCCAGAGAAUUUCCCAUACUGCCGUGGGAACGGCAUGGGUGUCGUAGUGCUUUCCAGUCCACAGGGGUCGCCCAUUAAAGAUCGUCUGAAUCUGCCGAGUGUGCUGGUCCUGGACGGCUGUGGCAUCAGUAAAGCUGGGGACGAAGCUGAGGUGGCCACCUUUUGUGCCCAUGUGGUGGAGCUGGACCUGUCCCACAACCAGCUACAAGACUGGGGGGAGAUCUGCACGAUUGUGUCUAACAUCCCAAACCUGGACUUCCUUAACCUGAGUAUGAACCCUCUGAGUGGGAUUGAGCUGGAGCCGGGCCUGGCUGAGGUGUUCUUCCGGGUCCGCCGCCUGGUUCUCAUCAACACGCGUGUCACUUGGGACACGGUACACACACUCACACGCCAGACCCCUGAGUUAGAGGAGCUCUUCCUUUGUCUGAAUGAGUACGACCAAGUGGCCGAAUCCCCGGUUCCCUGCCCCUCCCUGCGCCUGCUUCAGAUCACAGACAACCAGCUACAGGAGUGGGACGAGGUGCGUAAGUUUGGGCCCAUGUACCCAGGCCUGCAAAACCUGGUGUUGUCCAACAACAAACUGGGCUCUGUGGAGGAGGACACACCUCAGGACACACUGCAGCGCCUGUUUCCUAACCUGCGCAGCAUCAACCUCAACAACUCAGGGCUGAACCGAUGGGAGGACAUAGAAAGGCUGAAUUUCUUCCCUAAGCUGGAGGAGGUGAGGCUGAUGGGGCUUCCCUUACUGCAGCCCUACACAAACAAAGAGAGACGCAACCUCACCGUGGCACAGUUGCCAUCUGUGUCUGUGUUAAACGGUAGUGUGGUGACGGAAGGGGAGAGAGAAGACGCUGAGAGGUUCUUCAUCAGACACUACCUGGACCUUCCUGAAGAGACGCUGCCUCAUAGGUACUCUUACCGAUCACUCUUGAGGCCCUGGGUCUCAACUGCCCUUUGUCUUCCCCUUCAUUCAGCUCUUUCUCAGGAGAUCAUGUACCCCUAUGGGCCUACCUACCGAGAUCUGGAGACACCCAAGAUGGAUGAUGGGAGUUCCACUGAAAUAAUUAUACUCAUGCCAUUCAUUUUUUUCAAUAACCCCUACCGCUCCAUCUAUGUCAACAACAACGGUGUGAUCUCCUUCGAAGUACAGGUGAGCCAGUUCACCCCCGAGGCCUUCCCCCUGAGUGACAGCAGAUCCUUCAUUGCCCCACUAUGGGCAGACGUGCACAACGGCAUCCGCGGAGACGUGUACUACCGUGAGAGCACAGACCCAGAGUUACUGGAGCGGGCCACACAAGAAAUCCGCAAGUACUUUAAGAACAUGCCCACCUUCACAGCCACCUGGAUCUUCAUCACAACCUGGCACCAGGUCACCUUCUACGGAGGCAGUCAGACCACCCCGGUGAACACAUUUCAGGUUGUGUUGAUAUCCGACGGUCUGUCAUGCUUUUCCAUGUUCAACUAUGGAGAGAUCAACUGGAGCACAGGCACAGCCAGUGGAGGAGACCCUCUGACUGGUUUAGGUGGUAGCACAGCACAGUCAGGUUUUAAUGGAGGAGAAAUCGGUAACUUCCUCAACCUACCUGGGUCCCGUUCCAAUGCCGUGGUUGAAAUCGAGAGGACGACCAAUGUAAACGUGCCUGGCCGGUGGGUCUUCCGUGUAGACACUGCCCUGAUAGACCCUGCCAAUGGCUGCAGUUACAAUGGGCGGUUCUAUCGGCGCGGUGAGAUCUUCUGGCUGUCCGACCAGUGCUCCCAGCGGUGCCGCUGCCUGGACAUGGACAACGAGGUGCUCUGCCGGGAGGCGCCGUGUAGCCAGCUGGAAACUUGUGAGCAGAAGGAGGGUGCCUUCUACUGCCAGUCUACGCGCACCAGCACCUGUGUGGUUUUCGGCGACCCUCACUACCACACCUUUGAUGGCUUCCUCUACCACUUCCAGGGCACCUGCUCCUACCUGUUAGCUCGGCCCUGCUGGGAGGUGGCUGGCCUGCCCUUCUUCAGCGUGGAGGCCAAGAAUGAGAACCGCGGCAUGGCCUCUGUGUCCUGGCUGAAAGAUGUCACUGUGGAGGUGUACGACCACAGAGUCAUCCUGCCUAAGGGCAGCCAGGGCACAAUACAGGUGGAUGGACUGAUGAAGACACUGCCAGUCCAACUCCAGCUAGGUGCAGUCAGGGUGUACCAGUCGGGCAUGGCCGUCGCCCUGGAGACCGACUUCGGCCUCCUGGUGACCUACGAUGGGCAGCACUACGCCUCCAUUUCCCUGCCCAGCUCCUACUUCAACAACACAUGCGGCCUGUGUGGUAACUAUAACGACGACCCUGCCGACGACCCUGUGCUGCCCGACGGCUCGCUGGCCGAGAGCGUAGUGGCGCUGGGUGGCAGCUGGCGGGCGGAGGACGCUGACUGGCGCUGCACAGACGGCUGUGCCCAGAACUGCAGUGUCUGUGAACCAUUGACCGAGGCGUUCUACUUCCGCCCGGACUACUGUGGAAUCAUCAACAAGACGGACGGGCCUUUCAGGGACUGCAGGGCAGUGGUGGACCCAACGGCCUUUGUCUAUAGUUGUGUCUACGACAUGUGCAACAACAAGGACAACAUUACCACCCUCUGUCAGGCCAUUCAGGCCUACGCCUUAGCCUGCCAAGCCCUGGGGGUCACCAUACGAACCUGGAGGUCACACACCUUCUGUGCCCUGAAAUGCCCUGAGUCCAGCCACUACCAGGUGUGCACCAGUGCCUGCGCCUCCUCAUGCUCGGACCUCACCUCCCACCUGUACUGCACCCACCCUUGCACAGAGGGCUGCCAGUGUGACCCGGGAUACGUGCUGAGUGGCAACCGUUGCGUCCGGCACCAGGACUGCGGCUGCGAGCAUGAGGGCCUCUACUACCCUCUCAACGACACUUUCUGGGCGGGCCCUGCCGGCGAGGAUGGAGAGUGCACCCUGCGCUGCGUCUGUGGGCCCAACGGCAAAGUCUCCUGCUUCAACGAUUCAUGUAGAGAAGGCGAAGUGUGUGUGACAGAGUUCGGCCUGUUGGGCUGUUACCCCCGCAGGGAGGGGGUGUGUUCUCUAGGCCAGAAUUUUGUGACGGCCUCUUUCGACGGGACCUCCAUGCCCUUCCCGGACGACAGCUCCUACUACCUGCUGAGGUCGUGUGGGCCAAUGCCGGCCAACGUGUCUGCUGUGGAAGUAAAGAUGGGCCGGCGGCUGGUAAACAAGGGUCCAUACUGGAUGCGGCCCGUGGUGGUCAGGGUGGCCAACCUGGAGGCCCAGAUGGGUGGAUCGGACUUUGACACGGUGAAGGUCAGUAUUAUAGCCUGGUGCUCCAGUCUGUUUGUGCUUUAUUAUGAUGUGUCUAAAUCCCAGCUGAACGGUGAGCUGGUACUACUGCCUUAUGUCCACCCACUGGAGACCCUAAUGAUCUACCGCGCCCCUGGCAACGCUACCGUGGUGGAGUCCAGCGGAUUGGUCCUAGUCCGCUACACCCGUCAGGGCCUCCUCAACAUCUCUCUCUCUACCCUCUUUUACAACGCCACCUGCGGCCUGUGCGGUCUCUUCAACGGAAACGCCAGCGACGAUCUCCGUCUGCCUAACGGCCGGCUGGCCGAAUCCCUCGAACUCUUCACUGAGGGCUGGCGAGCCAUUGCUGACGACCUGACAUGCAAUGGCGAUUGCGAUGACCUGUACCGCAUGUGCACGGACCUGCGGCUCUACCAGAGCCCGUGGAUGUGUGGCAACAUCAACGACCUGGGGAACAGCUCCUUCCUGGCGUGCCACGGUGCCGUCAACCCCUCGCCGUUCUUCCGGAACUGCCUGUACAACAUGUGCAUGCGGGAGGGAAACCGCUCGGUGCUCUGCUCUUCGCUGCAGGCAUAUGCCUCGGCCUGUCAGGAUGCCCAGGUGGACCUUGCUGCCUGGAGGAGUGCUACCAAUUGCCCCUUGCCCUGUCCGGAGAACAGUUACUACGAUGAGUGCACCAGCGCUUGCCCACUGACCUGCGCCGGCCUGGAUGAGCUCGCCGAGCUGUGUCCACUGUCCUGUCGGGAGGGCUGCCAGUGCAGGGAGGGCUUUGCACUCCACAACGGCCAGUGCGUGGCGCGCAGCGACUGCGGCUGCAUCAUCUCUGGGGGCCGGCAGCUGGCCACCAACCAGAUCUUCUGGAAUAACUGGGAGUGCCAGGAGCGCUGCUACUGCAAUGGCUCGGACAACCGCGUCUACUGCACGCUGACACCGUGCCAGGAGGGUGAGUACUGCCAGGAGGACCUUGAGGGCCUCUACUUCUGCCAGCCGCGCACUGAAGCGUUGUGCAUUGCCGCUGGUUACAGCCACUUCCUGCCAUUCGGAGGUGUGCCCUUCGAGCUGCAGAGCAGCUGUACCUUGAUCCUGGCUACAACGAGGUGCAACAGCGGAGUGGCGGGAGAGGAGGAUAUAGACCAGAGCACCGCCACCCGACCCAAGACGAGCACCAGCGCCGACCUCCCUCGCUUCAAGCUGUCAGCCCAGAACGAGGAGAGGGACACGGGGCAAGCCAUCUGGGUGAGGGGGUUCAUCUUGGAAGUCUACGGCUAUGAGAUUGAGGUGUCUCGGAGCUAUAAACACACCAUCACGGUGAAUAAGGAACGUCUGUACCUGCCUUUGAAGCUGGGGCCGGGGAAGGUCCACAUCUUCACUUUCGGCAUGCAGCUGGUGUUGGAGACGGACUUUGGCCUGAAGGUUGCCUUCGACUGGAACACCCUGCUCCUGCUCACGCUGCCUCGACGCCUCUACAACACCACCUGCGGCCUGUGCCAGGGCAUGCCACUUUCCUCUCCACCCGCACUCACCACCAGCAACUGGGGCAUGGCCUGGGCUGAGCAAGACACAUUCUGCCAGGUGGGCUGCGGUGACUCGUGCCCACGUUGUGGGUUGGUCGAGAGAGGCUUUGGUGCCACCGAUGCCCCUUUACUCGUCGCGGACGCCUACAUGGAAGGCGUGGCCCAAGAUGGUGAGGGAGGAGGAAUCAAUGUUGAUGGCGGGGGUUACACGGGAAUCCGAUUCCACCUGGGCGAUGGGCUGCACUUGUUUGUGGAGCCCGAGGCAGUGCGUCUGUGCGGGUUGAUCGUGGACCGGGGCGGUGUGUUUGCGCGCUGCCACAGCAAGGUGGUGCCGGCGUUCUUCUACCAGAACUGCCUGCAGGACACAUGCCUGGACCGGGGUGCCUCGGGGACCAUUUGCAACUGGCUGCAGAUCUACACCAGCACAUGCCAGACCCAGGGGGUGCGUGUGUUAGGCUGGAGGAGUGACACGCCCUGUGUGCUGACGUGCCCAGCCAACAGCCACUACUCUAGCUGCAUGUCAGUGUGCCAACCGCAGUGCGCCCCAGCCCGCGGCCCGAGGGAGUGCACCCAAGACUGUGUGGAGGGCUGCCAGUGUGACCAGGGAUACGUCCUCAAUGGCAAGGGUUGCAUCCGGCCCAAGAACUGUGGCUGCUACAACGACGGCAAGUACUAUGAGCCCAAACAGCUGUUCUGGAACAGUGAUUGCACCAAGCGCUGCCAGUGCAUCGGCCGUAAUCUCAUCCAGUGUGACCCGCGCCGCUGCAAGGCCGAGGAGGAGUGCGCCCUGCGCCAUGACGUGCGCGGCUGCUUCACCCAGCGCUCGCAGCAUUGCGUGGCGUCCGGUGGCGGUGUCUUCAGGACCUUUGACGGGGCGUCCCUCCGCCUGCCUGCCUCCUGCUCCUUCGUGCUGUCCACCAACUGCCACAAGCUACCUGACCUCUCCUUUCAGCUCAUCGCAAACUUCGACAAGUGGAGCACACCCAACCUCACCACCAUCUCCCAUGCAUACCUCUAUAUUAACGAGGAGAAUAUCCUGAUCUCCGGGAGCACCGUGAAGGUGAACGGCACUCCUGUGUCGUUGCCUUUUGUCACGGGCCUGAUGACGCGCGUCUCCACAUCGGAGGGCUUCCUGGUCAUCGACACGCCCCAGGACAUCCAGGUGCGCUACAACCGCUUCAACACGCUCAGCAUCACUAUGGGCCAGCGGUUGCAAAACAAGGUGUGCGGCCUUUGCGGCAAUUUCAAUGGAGACCCUACUGACGACUACAUCACCUCCCGUGGAAAGCCGGCCAUCAGCGCCCUGGAGCUGGCCCAGAGCUGGAAGACCAAUGGCAUGCAGAACAGCUGUGAUGAGACCCAGUACAUGGCGCUGGCCCAGUCGUGUGAGAACACAGCUGUGCUGGGCCUGCAGGGCGAGGAGGGGUGCCAGAAGCUCACCCAGAUGAAGGGCUUCUUCCAGCCCUGCCACGGCCUGCUGGACCCCAGGCCCUUCUACCAGUCCUGCUACCUGGAUGGUUGCUAUAACCACCACAAGGCCCAGGUGUGCGGCUCGCUGGCUGCCUACGCCGAGGCCUGCCGCUCCCUAGGCACGCUCACCACCAAGUGGAUUGCCCAGGAGAAUUGUUCAGAAUGGAUCUACGACCCUUGUGCAGGAGAGAUCUGCACCAACAACACGUGUGAGCAGGAGAACGGGGGAGACCUGUGUGGCUGCCCUGAGCUGCCCAACAACGCUGGUGGCGAGGAUGACAUAAUCCAGGCGGAGGUGACAUGUAAGCACGCCCAGAUGGAGGUGUCCAUCUCCAAGUGUAAGCUCUUCCAGCUGGGCUUCGAGCGUGAGGACGUGAGGAUCAAUGACCAGUACUGCCCCGGCAUUGAGGGAGAGGACUUCAUCUCCUUUCACAUCAACAACUCCAAGGGCCAUUGCGGCUCCAUUGUACAGUCCAACGGCACACACAUCAUGUACAAGAACACGGUGUGGAUCGAGAGUGUGAACAACACAGGCAACAUCAUCACCAGGGACAAGACAAUCAACGUGGAGUUUACCUGCGCCUACGAGCUAGACAUCAAGAUAUCCUUGGAGACCGUGCUCAAGCCCAUGCUCAGUGUUAUCAACCUCACCCUCCCCACCCAGGAAGGCAACUUUAUCACUAAGAUGGCGCUGUACAAGAACUCCUCGUACCGCCAACCGUACCGCGAGGGUGAGGUGGUGCUGAGCACACGGGACGUCAUCUUUGUGGGGGUGUUUGUGGAGGGGGCCGACGAGGACCAGCUCAUCCUCAUUGUCAAUAUGUGCUGGGCCACGCCGUCCCGCUACAGCAACGACCACCUCCGCUACGUCCUCAUAGAGAGAGGUUGUCCCAACGUCAAGGACAAUACCAUCGGCAUGGCUGAGAACGGGGUGUCCCUCACCUGUCGCUUCCACGUCACCGUCUUCAAGUUCAUCGGGGACUACAGUGAGGUCCACCUCCACUGUGACGUGUCACUGUGUGACCACAAGACCAAUGCCUGCAAAGUGAACUGUCCCCACAACAGGAGAAUGUACUCAGACUACAGCGAUCACAAGGAGCAGAUCCUCACUGUAGGACCCAUCAGAAGGCGAGAGUCGGACUGGUGUGCGGUGGGUAAUGGAGGCUGUGAGCAGAUCUGCACCAGUAAAGGAAUGGGAGCUAUGUGUAGCUGUGUGACUGGGAUGCUGCAGAGGGACGGAAAGAGCUGUCGAGCUGUCAGCUCCAGCGUUGACCUUCGACCCCUUGUUUUCCCUCUGGCUCUUAGCACCGUGGUCUCCGUGCUCCUCACUCACACACACAAUUCCCUCUUCUCCUAACCCUGGGCGGACAGUCAGAGAGAGAGGAGGGAGAGAGAGAUAUAACACGAAAAAAACAGCCAACCAGAGGAGAGCAGACACUUCCUACUCACUGUCACAGAGACUGCCACAGCAACCAAUCACAGAGCAGAGAGGCACUUCCCACCCUUUGCACUAAACAAAAACAACAACAACUCACAAGACUGGGGCACUGGAUCACAAUGGAAAAAGCCCUCCAAAAGAGUCUCUCUAUUCACGUAUACUUUAGCUAGACAGCAGAAAGUCGGUAUAUUUCAUUUAACAAACAGUUUAGUGAAUUAGUGCUAGAUACAGUGUUUUUUUAUGAGAGGUGAGGGGAUAGUUUGCUCUACAUUUAUCUUUGAUAGCAAAGCUUGGUUGCUAAAAUGUUUUUAAAAUCAUUGUAUCAUUAUUUAUAUGUGAAUCAGAGGCUGUGUAUGUGAAUCGAUUACCUGUUCCCUUCUCAGCCCCUAAUCCCCUAAUCUGAAACUACAGUAUGAGUCUCAGUAACAUACAAAGUAAUGCUCUGGUGCAGUGGUUCCCAAACUUUUUACAGUCCCGUACCCCUUCAAACAUUCAACCUCCAGCUGCAUACCCCUUCUAGCGCCAAGGCCAGCACACUCUCAAAUGUUGUUUUUUUGCCAUCAUUGUAAG